AUGUUUGGUACGCUCCUCAAGCGAUACCCCCCCGGCCUGACGCCGCCGGGUGCCUUGAGGCGGAGAGCAGACCGCCAGGUGGUGACGUGGGGAAUACGAGGAGCAGGGGCAGGAGGGGCAGGAGGGGCAGGAGCAUCGCGGACUCGCAGCCUGCACCUGGCGCCCCCCUUCCUGCUAGACGAUUACAUACCUCGAUACCAGCUGCUGAGCUCGCGCGACGCAGCGCUGAAGCGGUCCCGGGCAUACGCCCACAUGCGCAGCUGCAACCUGUGUCCGCGGCGAUGCGGGGUGAACCGGUUCGAGACGACGGGCAUGUGUCUGGUGGGCGAGAAGGCCAAGGUGAACGUCGUGGCGCCGCAUUUCGGCGAGGAGUCGUGUAUCCAGGGCCACAACGGCAGCGGCACCGUCUUCAUGAGCGGGUGCAACCUGCGGUGCACCUUUUGCCAGAACUACGACAUCUCCCACAAGCGCAACGGCAUGGACCUGUCGCCCGAGGAUCUGGCCGGGUGGUACGUCAAGCUGCAGGAGGUGGGCAAGGUGCACAACAUCAACAUCGUCACGCCGGAGCACGUGGUGCCACAGGUGGCCCUGAGCAUACUGCACGCGCGAGACAUGGGCCUCCGCGUGCCCAUCGUCUACAACACGUCCAGCUUUGACUCGCUCGACUCCAUCCGCCUCAUGGACGGGCUGGUGGACAUCUACCUCGCCGACUUCAAGGUGUGGAAGACGCAGUCAUCGCGCCGCCUGCUCAAGGCCGACGACUACGCGGCCACCGCCAGGGAGUCGGUAAAGGCCAUGCACGAACAGGUGGGCGACCUGUGCUUCACGGCCGACGGCAUCGCCAAGCGCGGCCUGCUGGUCCGUCACCUCGUCAUGCCGGGAAAGGAGGAUGAGGGAGCCGACAUCAUGCGCUUCCUCGCUCGAGACGUCUCGCAGGAUUGCUUCGUCCACAUCAUGGAGCAGUACCACCCAGACGCUUAUACGCAUGGCGCCGACGAGCAAACCUCCACGGAAGACGCGGAGCCACAGGACGAAGUGCGCUACGCCGAAAUCAACCGCGCUGUCAAUGAGAGUGAGAUCUCCUUUGUUCGAAAGGCCGCCGUCGAGGCUGGGCUCUGGCGUUUCGAGGAAGCCCCCAACCACGCCGGGUUCCCCAUCUGA